AUGGAGAAUAAUGAGCAUCUCCUUGCAGAUGCCAUCAUGGUGGCUUCCACUACCAUCGGCAAGUUGGACGGCGGCUUGCUCAAGAAGAAGUUGGAUGAGGCAUUGUCCGACAUGGAGCGCUUCGCCCAGAAGUACAAGCGUGCCUUCGCAAUCGCGAAGGUCAGCCCGCCUCCGGACAUGAUGAUGCAGCUGCUGUCCCAGCGGCGAACAGGCGUGCAGAGCAUUGCGUGCCUAUGCGCAGAAGGACUGCUGUGGCAUGCUUUCAAGCACGAGAAUAAGAAGGUUGCGAUGGCCAUUGUGAACUCCGUGUUGGAAGAGCUUGCGGCAGGGGUUCUCAAGGAAGCUUUGAUUCACCCAGCCUUUGUCAAAAAGGCUAGGGACAUGCAAGCUUGA